AGACUUGCUCCGUGAAGCUCCGCUUCCUCCCUCAUCUCAUCCCCCUCAGUGUCGCUGGUUGUUUCUGAAGCCUCUAUAGAGGUGAAAUCCGCCACGGAAGCUUCACUCAUGCACUCGCUCUCAGCGCGGAGGGACGGAGUCCACCUGCACAAAGCGAUGCUGCUCGACCCGAAUCCGACCCGAUCUUUCUCUUCCGCUAUCGCUCUCUGUAUCCGCAAGAAGUUCAAGCCCAGGAUGCACAGCAAAGCGCUUUACCACCGUGUUUAAUGAAAGUGGAACCGCGAGGCUAGCAUGAUUUUUGUAUCCAAAGGAGCGUGAUCUGACAGCGGCUUGAACUUUUUAUUAUUAUUAUUAUUAUUUCUAGGAGCAAAAGCGCAUUUGGACCUGAUCGUUUUUUUUAAUCAUGCCUGUACGAAGAGGUCAUGUGGCACCGCAAAACACAUUUCUGGGAAUAAUAAUACGAAAAUUCGAGGGACAAAAUAAGAAUUUUAUCAUAGCAAAUGCUCGUGUCCAGAACUGCGCAAUCAUCUACUGUAAUGAUGGCUUCUGUGAGAUGACUGGUUUCUCCAGGCCAGAUGUUAUGCAGAAGCCCUGCAUGUGCGACUUCCUGCAUGGGGAGAGAACCAAUCGACAAUCCAUUGCCCAGGUGGCUCAGGCUCUGCUGGGCUCUGAAGAACGCAAGGUGGAGAUCACUUACCACCGCAAAGAUGGUUCGGAUUUUCUUUGCAAUACGCACAUCAUUCCAGUGAAGAACGAGGAAGGCGUAGUGAUGAUGUUCAUUCUGAAUUUUGACUAUGUCCUGGAAGAGGACAGCAGUGAUUCCCUGGAAAGGCUCAACCUCACCCCUCCACCUAAAUCUGAUUACAACCACCAUCUAUGCCAUGAUGCUGAACACUCGAUCCUCUGGAAAGGAAGAUUCUUCAGGUUCCGUUUGCCUUCCUUGAACCUGUUAGGUUCCAGCAAACAGUCUCUGCCCCAGGAAGACCCUGACACAGUGAUGGUAGACUCUCCGAGAGCUAGCAAUGACUCUGUGCCAAUGAGGGACUUCCAGUCUCCGACUAAGGAAAGCUGUAGUCCUGCUGAUGCCAAUGACACACAGGCUCUUAUCAGCUCCAGUCCUCAUUCAUCCCCAAUUAGUGUGUCUGGACCCCUUGACCACUCAUCCCCUAAACAACUGUGGGACCGCCCAAGUCUGUCUCAGGCCCAGUCCACUACCUGCCUGGCGCAGUCCAUCUCCAGAGACAGUGUGUGUAGCAGAAGACGAGCCUCAUCCGUGCAUGAUAUCGAAGGCCUCAGCUCCAACUCCAAACGCCUGUUGCGGGAUCGGCAUGCUAGUGAAGACCAUGGCCGCAGUGUGAAAGGUCCUUUUAACCAUCUCAAAUCUAGCCUGCUGGGCUCUACCUCAGACUCCAACCUAAACAAAUACACUACAAUUAACAAGAUUCCCCUCAUCGCACUUAACUUCUCUGAAACUAACAACGACAAAAGAGCUCCCUCACCUCCUUCCUCCGAGAAGACCAUCAUUGCUCCGAAAGUUAAAGACCGCACACACAAUGUCACUGAGAAAGUCACACAGGUGUUGUCACUAGGUGCAGAUGUAUUACCAGAGUACAAGCUCCAGGCUCCGCGCAUAGACAAAUUCACCAUUCUACACUACAGUCCGUUUAAGGCCAUGUGGGACUGGCUCAUUCUGCUCCUUGUCAUUUACACGGCCAUCUUCACCCCAUACUCUGCCGCCUUCCUGCUGAAUGAUCGUGAGGAACAGAAGAGGAGAUUGUGUGGCUACUCCUGCAGUCCCCUUAACGUUGUCGACCUAAUGGUGGACAUCAUGUUCAUCAUCGACAUCCUUAUAAACUUCCGCACAACUUAUGUAAAUUCCAACGAGGAGGUUGUGAGUCACCCAGGGAAGAUCGCUGUGCACUAUUUUAAGGGCUGGUUUCUCAUAGACAUGGUAGCUGCCAUUCCGUUCGACCUACUCAUCUUUGGAUCAGGGUCGGAUGAAACAACUACUCUGAUUGGUCUGUUGAAGACAGCCAGGCUGCUGAGAUUAGUCCGGGUGGCCAGGAAGCUGGACCGCUACUCUGAGUAUGGAGCAGCAGUGCUUAUGCUCCUCAUGUGCAUCUUCGCACUCAUUGCCCAUUGGCUGGCCUGUAUCUGGUAUGCCAUCGGCAAUGUAGAAAAGCCUUAUCUGGAGCACAAGAUUGGCUGGCUGGAUAAUCUCGGAGUGUCCAUUGGAAAACGUUACAACUACAGUGACCCCAACUCUGGACCCUCUAUUAAGGACAAAUAUGUCACUGCACUGUAUUUCACAUUCAGCAGUCUGACCAGCGUGGGCUUCGGCAAUGUCUCACCAAAUACCAACUCAGAGAAGAUCUUUUCUAUCUGCGUCAUGCUUAUUGGCUCCCUAAUGUAUGCCAGCAUCUUCGGGAAUGUAUCUGCUAUUAUUCAGCGGCUCUACUCAGGAACGGCGCGGUAUCACACCCAGAUGCUGCGUGUGAAAGAGUUUAUCCGCUUCCACCAGAUCCCAAACCCACUCAGGCAGAGGCUGGAAGAGUAUUUUCAGCAUUCCUGGAACUACACCAAUGGCAUCGACAUGAACAUGGUGUUAAAGGGCUUUCCAGAAUGCUUACAAGCAGAUAUCUGUCUCCAUCUGAACCGAAGCCUGCUGCAAGACUGUAAGGCUUUCCGUGGGGCCACAAAAGGUUGCUUGCGUGCCCUGGCCAUGCGCUUUAAGACAACCCAUGCUCCACCAGGUGACACACUGGUUCACAGUGGAGAUGUCCUUACAGCACUUUACUUCCUGUCUCGAGGAUCGAUAGAAAUCCUGAAGGAUGACAUUGUAGUGGCCAUUCUAGGCAAGAAUGACAUAUUUGGAGAGAUGAUCCACUUGUAUGCAAAACCAGGAAAAUCAAAAGCAGAUGUGCGAGCUCUAAGCUACUGUGACCUGCACACCAUCAACCGGGAAGACCUGCUGGAAGUCUUGGAUAUGUACCCGGAGUUUUCCGACCACUUCCUCACCAACCUGGAGCUCACCUUUAACCUGAGAGAUGAUAUCACUAAGCCCAGUUAUGCAUCAGGCAGUGACUCAGAAGGAGAAGACAAUAAAGACAGAAGAAAGAUUUCUUUCAGUUGUAAGCAAACCAAAGGGGGUAGCAUCAAGGACAUGGAAAAUGAGAACAAGAAGGAGCGGCGCGAGUCACGACUCAGCUCAAAAAGAGGCUCUGAUGACUGCAGGGCUUCCAGGGAGGAGCAGCAAAGAAAUCAGGCAACUGGAAUAAUGGAAUAUCCAUGCGUAGACAGUUACACACCAUCCUCUGAUUGCAGCCCGUUUAGUGGCAAGAUGGACAGAGAGGCAUAUUAUUAUGAAAGGCCGAGUGCUGACUGGGGCAGCGUGAGGCCAAGGGAGGCUUUGGAAGACUCACAACCUCAGACUCAUAAACUGAGAAGGGAGGAGGAAGAGGAGCUAGAGUGUGAUCUAACAUAUGGUGAAGUACAGCAGAGACUGGACCACCUGCAGGAUCACCUGAACAGGUUGGAGUCUCAGAUGACUUCAGACAUCAAGGCUAUCCUGUGUUUACUGCAAAGAAGCUCCUCUGCAGGCCCUCCUGCAUACAGUGCAGUGACUGCCAGCCUGGAGAAACAGGCCAUCAGAACACAGUCUGCAGUCAACACCAGCCAAACCAUCACGCCUGUCCCACAGGACCAAGAGACAAGUCAACCCCAGAGCCCUACAACAAAUGAGAAUGUCCACUCCAAGCAUCAACAUUCCAAAUCACUUCUUCCAAUCCACCUCUCCUCACCGUCCCAGACACCCAACACCAGUACAACAGCUGUGGAGCUCCACAGGCCUCUGUCUGACCCUGGACUGCCAAGAUGUAGCACUGAAUCACUUCCAUGACUAUAAGACUUCAUUUCUAUAUAGCUUAGUGGGCUGGAUUGCCACCUUUAAGAACAUUAUGCUUGUAUGUGCAAGAGGAGAAUAAUAUUCCUGGUCACGUUUCCAUGGAGCUGAAACUGUAUUUCCUUUAUUUUGAACAUUCUGUUUGAUUUGAGUGAGAAUCCCUAAACUCUGACCUCUUUUGUAGGUUUUGCUCCAUGCUAGCCUGCUGGAUGUGAAUAAGUAACCUCACUCAAGGACUCAGGGUCUGGUUCAUGGCAACAUUAGAAAAUGAAUUGUGAUGGUGGACACUCAUCUCUAUGGUGGUUCAUUUGCCCCAUUAUAAAUUUACUGCUGUGUUCUAUCAUUCAAAUUCAUUAAACACUCGGAUAGGUCGCAAAUCUAGGACUGUCAGUAGUCCUAUGGUAUAUUAUGGUACUGUUUGACUUUUGGUUGAUGAACAGCACUUUCACAGGUCACAGCCAUGUAGCCAUUUUCUGCCUCAGUUUACAGUUACACGACUUUGUUGGUAUCCAAGGUUAAAAAUUCAGGAGAUAAAAAGAGACUGGUAUUUGACAAUAUCAUCAUAUUCUCACACAUGUAAUUACCACUUUCAUCUACUUACAGCACAUUCCUGUUUCAAAGGUUAAGUAGCAUGUAGUAAGUCUGUCCAUAGAAAAGUGCAUGUCUGAAAGCAUUACUUGUUGCAUGCUUGCAACAUACUGGAAAGCAAUUGUAGUGUGAUUCUGGCAUGUAUCUAAAAUGUUUUUAUUCUUUAUUUUAAUGGGUCAUAUUGCUUUGCACAUGAACCAGAAUACUGGAGGCCUAGAACUAUUUUGAUGACCAAAGCUUUGGUACCACACACAUGUAGCUCUGAAUAUGUGUGUGUGUGUGUGUGUGUGUGUGUGUGUAAAAUUUUUUAGCAACUACUGUAAAACAGUUAUGGCUGAGACUGGAUUUUUAAGGAAACAUCUGUUUAGUUUUCAAACCAUCAUGGACUUUUAGUUUUACAAGUUACUAUUCUGCUCAGAAUAGUAACAAAUGGAAUAUGGUACCUUUUAUAUUAAUAGCUUCCAUUGCAAAUUAAUGCAGCAAUAAGCAUUUAAGCCUACGUAUUUAUGUAUUUAUUUCACCCAUUUGUAAUGGAUGCUUAAAUUGACUUUCGUUGGGUCUUAACAACACCUUGUUUACUGCCAGUAGAGCAUGUUUCACAGUAUAUGUUACUAAAUGUAGCCUAAACUUUAAACACUGAAUAAGGGUUUUACUAAAAAUCCAAGUGAAUAUUUUCACUUAUCAGAAAGGGAAAACAACCCUCCUAAGAAAAUUCGUAUCGCACGUUAGGAGCCUCAAAUGCAGCAUUGAAAAGAUUUUUAUAUUCAUAUCUUGGGUGUAGAAAGGAACGAGCUAAAAGUUCUAUUUAUUAAAUUUGACCUAUUUCAUAACACCACACAUCCAACACCAAACAUUAAAAUAGAAUAUGCUGUAACUUGCUGGAUCAAGUGCUGUCUGUAAACAUGUCUUUACUAAGUACUCGCAGAUCAAGAGCAUGCAUCCUAAAGACUUCUGUCACACCCUCUCCUUUCAUGUAAAAAGAUUCGCACCAUUAAACCUGAAAUGUAGCCUGCUGAUAAUGAGAGUGGACAAGUUGACAGAAAAUUAUUGUGAACUUGCAUAUUGAAUAUUUUAAAAAAAUAUUGCAAACUUUUGCACAUAUUCUCCAAACUUGUACAAGAUAGUCACUUUUUACCUGAGUGUGUUUCACAUGUUGUUUAAUUUUAUUAUUUUUUAUGCAUUUUUAAAGUUUGCCACCAUAUAUUUUAUACACUGCAACACUAUACAGGUUAUUUGAAUGUGUCAGUUAUUUGAGGAAUUAAUAUAAAUAGAACUAUAUAGUGUAUAUAGCACACUUGCUUUAGGAGAUUACUUUUGAAGAAUUG